ACACAACGUCGUAGAGUGUGUGUCCUACCCUUUCAAAUUUUAUCUAGCUCCUCAAAUUUUCUUCAUUUUCUCUGUCGGAAUUUGUGGACGACAACAAUGGAAAAUUACACCACUCUCCAAAUUGUUCAGAAAACCCCAAACUCACCUGUUUUCUAUCUAUACCUUAAUCGACCGUCACUUCGAAACGCUCUGUCUCGCGACUUCUUCACUGAAUUCCCCAAGGCUUUAUCCUCUCUUGACCAAAACCCUAACGUCGGCGUCGUAAUCCUCUCAGGUAACGGCGAUCACUUCUGCUCCGGUCUCGACCUCAAAACCCUAAACACAAUCACCGGGGCUGUCCAGCCGAGUGACCGCGGACGCACCGGCGAACGCCUCCGACGGGAGAUCAAGGGCUUUCAGGAGGCAGUCACGGCCAUUGAGCGGUGCCGGAAACCAGUGAUCGCCGGUAUCCACGGCGGUUGUAUUGGCGGCGGUGUUGACAUCAUCACCGCCUGUGAUAUUAGGUAUUGUACGGAGGAAGCUUUCUUCAUUGUGAAGGAGGUUGAUUUGGCCAUCACGGCCGAUCUCGGAACGCUUCAGAGGUUGCCAGGCAUCGUUGGUUACGGUAAUGCAAUGGAGUUAGCCUUGACGGGACGGAGGUUUUCGGGAUUGGAGGCGAAGGAGUUGGGCCUGGUCUCUAGGGUUUUUGCUUCUAAGAAAGCCAUGGAAGAAGGUGUUAGAACUAUUGCUGAAGGAAUUGCUGCGAAGUCUCCUCUUGCUGUGACUGGGACGAAGGCUGUGUUACUCAGAAGUCGGGACCUGACACUGGAUCAAGGUUUGGAUUAUGUUGCUACUUGGAAUUCUGGUGUCCUCAUCUCUGAUGAUAUUGUAGAGGCAGUCUCAGCAUAUGAGCAAAAAAGAAAACCCAAGUUUGCCAAGCUUUGAUGGUUCCUACUUGACACGCCUUUGGUAGCCCUAUUGUAUUAGUCUUUUUUGUUGGGUAAGAUGUAAGACAUCGAACUUCUGUAAUAAGGUCUCAAUCAAUUAUUGUAUAUUGAAUUUUCAUGUUAUUUCUGCUCAAAUAAAUUUUGCUUAAUUGCAUA